GUGUUUCUAAUGCCAAGGUGAUGCGAAACUUCGACAUCGCGAUAUCUUAACUAGAAUGGUUGUCAGGCCUCUCCAACUGCAAUAGCUUGCAUUCGACGGGCCGAAGCUCCGCCAUACUCAGGGCGUGGGUUACAACUCUGGCUCCUAAUCGCGGCAACUGACUCUUAGCAUCAAGAUAUAUGUACUACGCAUGCUCCGAUUGCAUUUCCAAUAAGUUCAUCGAUGUACACUACCAAUUGUGAUCCUUGGAGACUACUUGAUAACUAGGUACUGAAUAAUUCACAGAACAAGGCCAUAUAUCCAAGUGAGCAACCUACCUUUAGCUUAUCCCUAAUGUCCUUGAAUGUUCCCGAGGUCUCGAUAUCUUGCCUCUGCGGCGCCGCAAAGCAGGUAGUUGCCUUGCGUUUUCCGAACGAACAAGCGACGUCGAGACAACUGAAUAUCAUUUUUUGCCAUUGCUAUGCGUGCCGUCAUUCUAGCGGUCUCCUAUACACCUCGUACGUUCCUAUUCAGCCACCGCAAUCUCUCGAUGGUCUCGUACAUAACCCCGAUGAAACCGCACAUGUCCGACGAUAUUUCUGCGGCACCUGCGGGUGCCAUAUCUUCCAGCGAGAACAAGGCUCUUCCGGCGACGCUGUAGGAGAUGAUAGACUGUGGUCCGUAGCUACGGGCACUAUCAUCGGACGAGCUGGAACUGAGGAAGGGGCGGACCGGGAGUCAGGGGAAGCAGACGGUGGGAAGGAACUCCCUUUCUUCAAGUUUGCCGGGCACGUGAACGUCGCCGGCACCAAGGACGGCGGUCUAUCUCCAUUUAUAAAUCUCGUCUCCGCGCCGCGCGAGCCAGGGGUUUACGGACACACCGACGAAGCACCGCCACCCCCUACAAUAAGUGCAACGCAGGAAGGGAAAAACGUCCUCGAGGUCCGCUGCCACUGCAGAACAAACCGGUUCCGCAUCACGCGCCCCGACGCCUCGAGCCGGGCCCCGCGCUCAGGCUUCCCGGACCUGAUGGUCCCGUUCGCCGCCUCGCCGCGCGAGGUCGUAAGCAACCCGCACACCGAGAAAUGGUGGCUCCGACCGCCGGACUCCGCCGCGGGUCCAACGAGGUAUCUGGCGGGUACUUGCGCCUGUCGCUCGUGUCGCCUGGCGUCCGGGUUCGAGGUCCAGACGUGGGCGUUCGUACCGAGAUGCAAUAUCUUCUUCUUCUGCGGCACUGCUUCCCCUGAUGCUGCUACGUCUGAGGAUACGCUUGUCCCGCUCGAUUUCGCUGCUCUUCCUAAGGGUAUCCUGCGGAGCUAUAAGAGCUCUUCUGGUGUUCUGCGCGAGUUCUGUCCGCGCUGCGGCGCUACUGUCUUUUGGCAUGAUCGCUGGCGCCCGGACAUCGUUGAUGUAAGUGUUGGGUUGCUAGAUGCUCCUGAGGGUGCCCGUGCGGAGACGUGGUUGGACUGGUGGUGCGGUAGGGUUAGUUUCGCGGAGGAUGCUGGGAACGGACGGUCUGGAGGAGCGGCACAUUGGGCACAGAGCGUAGUGGAGAGUUUAGCCAGAGGACUUAGAUCAUGGGAGGAGGAAAAGGGGGAGACGGCUGUCUAGGGAGUGAAAAGGGGUAGGUAACCUUUAGAUCGGCCGUGUUCAGCCAGGCUAAGUACACUAAGGUGCGAAAGGUUUACUUAUUAGUUGAUCUGUAAGAAUGAAGUUUUCUAUCGUAGAUGAUAGCUAUUCUAUUCAACC